AAAAGUUGGUCUACAAGCUGGCCAAGCCUGGCGUGCGCUGCCUCUUGUUUGACGAGGAGGGCAAUAUCGUUGAUCAAAAUGUCUCCAACAGCGGGAUCCUGGUCUUUGCCGUCGACCCCGACCAUCCUGCCAAGGACCAUCCUGACUUUGUCAACGCCGAUCCAAACGACAGACUGGCCUCCUUUGGCUUCCUCAGCGACGGCUCGCCCCGAGUCUGCACCAUGGACUGGGUCGAGAUGAUCAGCGAGAACGAGUUUACGGUCGUUGGAAGAUUCGACCAGAAGAUCAAGGUCAACGGUGUCUAUGUCGACCUGAACCAUCUCGAGGCCCUGGUCGUCCAGCACCUGAGCCACACCAUCGCCGACUGUGCGUUUGUCCAGACCUCCGAGAAGAAGAUCGUGAUGCUGUAUGUUCUCCAGGCCCGCCCCACGACCCGCACCGAGCCCAGCGACAUCAUCCGGAUGACCCAGGAUCUGCUUGCACUCGUCAACGUCUCCAAGGUGCCGAUCCACAACUGCUUCCAGCUCGACGAGAUCCCCAUGAUCAAGAAUGGCAAGCGCGACCUCAAGAAGAUCAAGUGGAUCGCCGAGAACAACGAUCUGCACCAAGAAUCCGUUGUGUAUCCCCGUCUCGCCCCCAGCGAGGCCCCGCUGUUUCGCAUCGCGGCUGCAAUCUCCAGCCUCGGCAGCCAGCUCCUCGGGAUUCCCUCUCUCGACGGCCGCAACUACAGCAUCAGCGGAGCUGGGUUUGACUCGCUGAGUGUCGGCCGCCUGGCCCUGGCAAUCAAGGAAGAGUACGAUGUCGAGAUCUCGCCGAUGAUGCUGCUCUCGAACGGCCUGACGCCCCUCGAUGUCGCCCAGCUGGUGAUUGAUCUCCAAGGCAACCACCCGCUGAUGCCGCCGACAGUCGACCUCGACCAGGAGGCCGCCCGGCUCGACGAUGCGAGUGUGACGGCCGAGGGUCUCCCUCCACUUGUCUUUCCCGAGUCGCCUCGCGGCAUCGUCCUGACGGGGGCCACUGGCUUCCUCGGAUCGUUCCUGCUGUACGAGCUGGCUGCCAAGUUCCCUGCUGCCAGGAUCUACUGUCUGGUCCGAGCCGCGAGCGACCAGGCUGCCAUCGACCGCAUCUUUGAGACAGCCAGGAAGCUGAUCCUCAACCCGCAGCAGACGCACUACCUCGUGAACAAUGUCAGGCCGCGACUCGUUGGUGUCUGUGGCGAUCUGUCGCUCGACCAGUGGGGACUGACCAACAAGCGAUGGAAGAAGAUCGGCAAGGAGACCGACAUGGUUGUGCACUGCGGCGCCGAGGUGCACUGGCUCGACGACUAUGAGGCGCUCAAGGGGCCGAAUGUCCUGGGCACGGCGACGGCCCUGCGGCUGGCCACGACCCACCACCUGAAGCCGCUGCACUUCAUCUCGGCGGUCGGGGCGAUUCCCAUGGCACGGGGUGCAAGGACGCCGCUCGAGGAGAGGGUGUAUUCCAACUGGAACGUCUCUGGCGGGUAUGCACAGACCAAGUGGGUCUCUGAGCAGCUGAUCAACAAGGCACGAUCGAGGGGAGUGCCUGCGACGAUCAUCCGACCAUCGCUGAUUGCAAGCGACAGUGUCUAUGGAGUGUGCCACUCGGACGACUACAUCUGGCAGUACAUCAAGGGGUGCAUCCGCAUCGGGAUCGCUCCCUCCAAUGCCACCCCCGUGAUCAUCACCAUGAAUCCAGUCGACCAUGUCGCCAAGGUGGUCGCUGCGAUCGCAGCCUCCGAGGUGGCCCUGCCCAAGUUUGUGUUCCACAUCAGCGACCCAGAGCGCAGUGUCAUCACCGAGAAGCGUGUCUUCGAGAUCGCCAAUUCCGUUGGCUGGAUCAUCAUGUUGGAUACCCGUGAAAAGUUCAGGACGGUCAUCUGGCGCAACCCAUCGCCCGAUAACCACGCCCUGCUUGCGUUCAUGCGGAUGCUGAUGGACCUGUCCUUCAGGGUCGACAACACCAACACUCGCUCGAUCUACCCGACGCCGUGUCCCUCGCCCGAGCUGGUCGUCAGGAAGAGUCUCUUCCACUUGGAUCGGGUAUCCUAUCUCGACCAGCCCACGGCGGCGGAGACCGAGCUCAAGGACGAGGAGUAUCCCGAUGUCCGUCCCUUCACCCGCACCGGCCGCCACUGAUGUUGUGCUGGCUGGGCAGACCGAUCGAUCAGUGUCGUCUCGCUGCCCUUCCGUUCUGCGGCCGAGUCUUGUUGGACUGCCAGACACUGAACACGAUUGAUCCAACGUUGAGUUGCGUGUGGUGUGUGGUGGAUGGUGGAUGGUGAUGAAGAUGGUGGUGGAUUGCGCUGUCGACAUCCAGUCCUUCCUGCGUCGCAUCACUUCUCUGGUGAAC